CGGGAACUGCUUCCAUUGUAUCUUCCCCAGUCACGUCCACUGGAUUUUUCCCACUGGCUCUUUUAAGAUAGCUUUUUGAAGGCAGACGACUCCGUUCAAUGUGAGUGGCGUGCACGACGAAAACGCGAAAUUCCGACGAGAAAUGUGCCGAUCGUUAGUUGAAGACCCUGGGUUCCGGGAGCGGAGGGAGUGCCUCCAGGUCCAGCAAUUCCAAAUCCGCCUGGCGGUGCCCAAGGCCGAGCGCCGUCUCCUUCCUAGCACCCUAACUCUUCUGUACAUCCCCCGCAACGGACACUCCGUACUCGAGGUGAACGGCCAGGCGAUCCGGCCGGAAGCAGGAACGUUUAUCGCGCUGGAGAGGCGGGAGGACGGCGAAGGGGCUGCGUGCUUUGGGAGCUCGGAGAAGGUGCGGGCGAGCGAGGGGGUGAGCUUCGAGGUGUAUGCGUGGGAGGAGAGGGUGCUGAGCGGGAGCUUCUGGAGGGAGGACGGGGCAUGGAGGACGCGGAGCCGAUGCGAGAUGGAGGCGCCGCUGGGGUUCGAUGUGGCUGAGGCGGAGGUGUGGGUGACGGAGGAGCGGAGAGGAACGGGCGCCAUGAGGGAGAGGGUGGAGAUGAGGAAAAGCGAGUGGCGCAGGAGGAGGAGAGCGACCACGGCGCUCGAGGACAUACCGGAGGGAGAAGGGGAAGGGGAAGGGGAAGGGGAGGUGUGGGAGGAGGAGUUGUGGAAGGAGGAGAUGUGGGAUUGCGAGGAGAAGGAGAUGGAGGUGGAGGAGGAGAUGAGGUGGCUGGACGUCGGGUUCGUCGCCGUCUGCGUAGGCGUGGGGUUCCUAGCGUCCGCCGCUGCGACGAAGCGCCUCCGUCGGAGGUUUUUCUGAUCGUUUUAACAGUAGAGAGAGAGAGAGAGAGAGAUUGUAAACAAUUAAUUACAUCACAGUUUUAAUGAGAUCGUUACAUCCCGAAAUCAAAUUGACAAGCGAUUCAUAAAGAUUGGAUUCGAAGGAACAGAGUAGCCUCAAU